AUGUCACUCGAACGCACGCCCUCUAACACCACAACGCUCUACAGCACGACGUCGCGCACGUCGACCAUCGUUCCCGCGCAUGGGCAACCGGCCGACCGGCGACCUCUGCACGAGGCAACUGGCGACCGGCCACCAGUGCACGAUACAUCAGCCGACACGAGACGGUCACUCGAGGCCCCGAAGCUCGGGAAGGGCGUCACCCAAGCCAAGAUUGACGAGCUGGUGGCAGCCGGCUUCCAGCAGGGGCAGGUCCUCUCGACGCUCCACGCGUCCAAGGGCGACAUGACCAAGGCGCGCCUCGUCCUCACCCACGGCCGGGAUCACCUCGGCGCGCCGGACGAGCAGUGCACGCUGUGUGGUUACAAGCCUAAGAAGAAGGGGAGGUUCAUGGGCGCCUUGGAUGGGAUCAUGAUUGGUGGUGGCACCGGCGGGGCCUAG